GGUAACGGAGCAUGGCGGCAGACCGCAGAAUGACUGGUCAGCAAAAAAGCUUUCGGGCGAGGACUUUGCAUCUGCAGCUGUUUGCUGACUUUGCCCUUAAAAUAAGUCUGGUGCUUCCGGAGCCGGCCAGGAAGCAGGCAGGGAGCAGCUGCCUCGCCCCACUGCUGACAGACGCCUGCAUCACUCCAGCGGCACAGACGCACGCCCCAGCCUUUCCCACCGCCUGCGAGAAUUUAUCAAGCCGCAGCAGAAUGUUUAAAAAAGUCACCCAAUAUGUGGCAAAGCAAAUGGAUCCAAAUGGAGAGCUGGUUCCAGUCGAAAGUAUCGUCGACCAAGACCAUUUCAGAACCCUCUGUCUAGUCAGAAGAAAAAGAAAAACCGCAUUCCGCCAAUUUCCCUCCUACAAACGGACAGAAUAUAAACUCCACGACGUGCUGCUGCCUGGAAAAGACGAUAAAAGUGAUGAGUCCCUUCUCUGCGGAGACCAGCAAGACUCGAUGCAGUAUGCAACCGCAGGAAGUGCCUGUGACAAAGUCGAUGGGGCUGUGAGCCUUCCCAUCGAACCCGUGCUGGUAGAACUAGGAGGGUCUGCCUCUUCCUCCAAAACGUGGUCCAUCAAGAUGGAAAAAAGGCACGUACCAGCACCACAACUCGAGGUGCUGAACAAAGAAAGAAAAGUCAACACGAAUCACCCCUUCAUUCAGCAACUACGGAAGAUGCAACAGAAUUUAUACGUGGUUCACGAAACGAUAGAAGCCUCAGAGGAGGUCGGCUAUGAAGAAUCCACCAAGGCAACAGGAAAAAUCAUGGCCCAGCUUUAUGCCAAGUUUUUUGCAAAGGUUUGGUUUCUCUCCAGCUCAGGAGUCAGUCCUUCCUGGCCCCCUGCAUUGCCAUUCAGGCCAGUAACAGAUUUUUUUUUUAUUUUAUUUUUUUUAACCAACCAGGCUACCAGCAUGAGGAAACAAAGCAUAACCAUACCCAAGGGCUGCAUCCUAGCCUUCAGGGUGAUCCAGGUGACCAUUGAAGAUGCGGAAUGGGGUAUUCAUUAUAUCCCAGAGAAUAAUACAUCAACAUUCGUAUCUGAUGGUAUCACACAAGGACAAUUUGGAGUGCUGCAGAAAGAAGUAAAGCAGAACUGCCAAGCUUUCUCCCAGUUGCCUGCUGAUCUGAGGGGCACGUUUUUAGAAGCCAUCAAAGCUGUGUUGAGAGACAAGGACAUCUUUCAAGAAUUGGCCCAGAAAAUGGAAGCAGUUUAUUAUGAAACUAAUAUUUGUGAGCUGACAACACAGAGCCCAAAGCUAAAAGACGUGCUGAGCAGCUUACAGUCUCUUUCAAGAAACAAGCUCCAUAGCCUGGCAGAAGCAAUUUACUACACUCUCGAUGCUCUCAGUGAGCAAACAGAGGAACAGCGGCUGGUCUUGCUAGAAUCCCUGGAAAAGGAGGCUGUGCGACAUCAGCGUAACCUGGUUGAGAGGUUCUUCAAAUGCAAGACAGAAGACACGGAGGUGCGUUCUGGUGGGGAUGACAUCUUGCUCCCCUUCUUAGCGGAUGGGGAAGAUAAGACAACCAUCGCAAUGCUCGAGAUGAGUGGAGUGAGGAUCCAGGAAAAUGAACUUGCUAUCUGUGACCAAGAAGGCUUCUUAGCCCUCGAAGCCCUGUACGCAUCUCUGUAUUCACUAGAUCUCCUGAGUAACUCAGAAUAGGCUACACAUGUCCUCAGUUAGGGCUGAUUUAAAGGGAGCGAUUUAACAAUGUAAUUGAAAAGCUAUUACCUUAAGUCUCUUUUGAAAUUUUAUCCCUGUGUAGGCGAGGCACCCUUUUAAGUGCUCAGAGAUGCUUUUCCCACCCAUUUCUGAGCAGAUUUAAAUCAACAAAGCUGCUAAUAGAAGCCUGAGGCUGGAUAUCAACAUUAAUUUUUCCCCCAUAUGAAUGUAGAGUGCUAACUGAAUAACCCACUACCCCAGAGAGUCCCAGUCCCGUCAGCUGUACUGCACAUGAUCACUUUUAAUGAAAAAAAUUAAUCAAAAAGGUACAGAGAUACACUGCAAUCAUUCACAAAUACUUGGAAGGUGAAGGCCUGGGUGCAUUUCCAUCCCUGUGCGACAGCGGGGAGCCCUGGGACCUCAGGGCAUUUUGGUGUCCCACACGCAGUGAAACGGCGCCGUGACCCCACAGCAACACCCCCCAAGUGGUAGUGAGGCGUAAGGGCUACAAAGAUGGUUAGAGGGCUGGAGUACGUCUUGUAUGAGGACAGGCUGAAAGAACCAGGCCUGUUCAGGCUGGAAAAGAGAAGUCUGAGGGGAGACCUCAUUAAUGUAUUAAUGGUAUUGAGAGGAUGGAGCCGGUCUCUUUUCAGUUGUGCCCAGCGGCAGGACGAGAAGCGGCGGGCACAAACUGAAGCACAGGAGGUUCUGGCUGAAUGGGGGGGAGGCACUUCUUUACUGUGAGGUGACAGAGCAUCGAAACGGGUUGCCCUGAGAGGUUUUGGAGUCUCCUUCUCCGGAGAUACCCAAAACCCAGGUGGGUGCCAUCCUGUGCAAGGGGCUCUGUGUGACCCUGCUCGGCAGGGGGGUUGGACUGCGUGGUCUCCAGGGGUCCCUUCCAACCUCAGCCAUUCUGUUUUUGUGAUUCUGUGAAAUGAUUACUGCUUUAAAAUAAUGACACGAAUGUCCUGAGCGCUGCUUAAUAAAGAACAAUCCCUUAUGGAACACCGG